AUGGGCUUUGAGAACUUCCAGCCUUCCCAGCAGCUCUGGCUUGUUUUAAUGGGAUUGUCUCUGCUGUCUUUGGCAGAGACGUACGGAUUCAGCAAAUGUGCACAGUAUGAAUUGGACAUUCACCACGUUUUCUGCAUUCGGAAGAAGAUCACCAACUUGGCAGAGGCCAUUUCUGACAUCCCUGGGUACACUACUCACCUCAACCUGACACAAAACGAAAUUCAAGUCCUUCCUGCCUAUGGCUUUACUAAUCUGUCCGCUCUGGUGGAUUUGCGACUGGAGUGGAACUCCAUUUGGAAGAUCGAGAAGAGGGCUUUUUGGGGACUUGCAAAUCUGACCCUUUUGAACUUGGUAGAAAAUAAGAUUCAAAGUGUGAAUGACUCCUUUGAGGGCCUGUCCAACUUGGAGACUUUGCUCCUGAGCCAUAAUCAAAUUACCAAUAUUCACAAAAAUGCCUUUGUCCCUCUUCUCAAAUUGAAACACUUAAGCUUGUCUAGAAACAGUAUUACCAACUUUUCCAAUGUUCUCGAAGCCGUCCAGCAUCUUCCACACCUGGAAUACCUCGAUCUUACUAACAACAGCAUCAAGUCCUUGGACCACAGUCCCGGGUCUUUGGUCUCCCUGACCUGGCUGAGCCUGCAGGGGAACAAGCUAACAGAAUUAAAUUUCUCUGCUUUGUCACUGCCUAACGUGACCACUCUGGAUGUCUCUCAGAACAGCCAUAAAGCCAUCCAGCAUGUGGCUCUGGAAACUCUGCCCCAGCUGAGGAGCUUGAAUCUGAGCGGCACAUUGGUAAACCUGGAGAGGCUUCCAGCCAAAUAUCUACAGAAUCUCAGUGAACUAGACCUUAGCAGCUGGGAGUUUAGAAGUGGUCACUUAAACAUCAACAGUGUGUGUCACCUCCUCAGAAACUUGCCCAUGUUAGAGGCUUUUGUCUUUAGGAAAAAGGCCACCGAUGCAGGGGACAUAAAGCGUCUCGCCAACUGUACCAGGCUUUUGUCCCUUGACCUGAGACAAAACAAUAACCUGGUUCACCUCAAUGACAGCGAGUUCAAUGGUAUGCCCAGCCUCAAGAGCCUGCAACUAGAUAGGUGCCAACUUUCCUCUGUCACCAACCAGACCUGGAGCGCCCUCCAGAACUUGACCACCUUACAUAUGAGCCACAACAAGUUUAAAGGAUUUCCCGAUUUUGCAUUUUCACCCUUGAGGUCCUUAGAAGUUCUCUUCCUCUCUAGAAAUCCCAUCACAGAACUCAGCGGCAGGGCCUUCUAUGGGCUGUAUUCUUUGAAGGAAUUCAACCUGGCUGGGUGCUGGAUAGUGGAAAUUGACAAAUACACCUUUGCUCAAUUUCCAAAUUUAGAAAUUUUAGACCUCGGCUACAACAAUCUUCGAACUCUAAAACGCAGAACCUUUCAUUUUCUGAAGAAACUCCAAGUUCUGAUUCUCUCCCAGAACCGCCUGAGUAUUAUCGAGACGAAUGCAUUCUCUGGCCUUACUUACCUUAACACCCUUGACUUGACAUACAAUAUCUUGUCAAGUGUAAGGGCAAGUUUUUUCUUGGGCCUUGAAAAUCUAGAAGUUUUGAAUCUCGGUUUUAAUAAAAUUACAUAUGAGACCAGUAGGACCUUUCACUUUCCCCCAUUUAUGAACCUCAAGUCUUUGAAACAACUCAACCUCGAAGGACAGGUGCAUGGGGUUCAGGUUGUCCCCACCAACUUCUUCCAAGGGCUGAGCAGCUUGCAGGAGCUACUCCUGGGCAAAAAUCCCGUGGUAUUCUUGGACCAUCUCCAAUUCGACUGCCUGACUAACCUCACAAAGUUGGAUAUCUCAGGAACCAAAUCUGGAGAGCGAAGUCUCUAUUUAAAUAUUUCCUUAUUCCAGAAACUCAAAAGACUACAAAUGCUGCGCCUGGAAAACAACAACAUUGAGUCGCUGACUCCCAGUAUGUUCUCGGGCUUAGAAAGACUUCAGGUCUUCUCUUUAAGAUUCAACAACCUCGAAGUCAUUAAUCAAAGUCAUCUGGAGAACUUGAAGUCUCUUAAAUACUUUGAUCUCUAUGGGAACAAACUCAGGUGCAACUGUGAGAAUGUGUGGCUCAAGAACUGGUCGAUAAACACGCCCAAUGUCCACAUACCUUACCUCUGGAGCUACCCCUGUCAGCAGCCAAACACUCAGAGUCUGUUGGUGGAUUUUGAUGAUGCUCUGUGCAAUUUUGACCUGGCGAGGGUUUGCUUCUUCUGCUCCUUCAGUCUGGUCCUCGCGACAAUGGUCUUCUCUUGGUUCAGUGCCAAGAUAACGUCAUUUCUGUGGUACGGGCUGUACAUAUUUCGAACCCGGUACCUGGCCAGGUGGCACAGGACAGAGAAGGAGUUCAUCUACGAUGCCUUUGUCUCUUUCACUGCCACUGAUGAGCAGUGGGUCUAUGAAGAGCUUGUUCCAGCCCUCGAAAAAGACGGCCAGCCCACCUUUAAGCUGUGUCUUCACCAGCGGGACUUUGAACCAGGGAUGGACAUCUUCGAGAACAUUCAGAAUGCCAUCAACGCCAGCAGGAAGACCCUGUGUGUGGUCAGUAACCACUACCUGCAGAGCGAAUGGUGCCGCCUCGAAGUGCAGCUGGCCAGCAUCAAGAUGUUCUAUGAGCACGAGGACGUUAUCAUCUUGAUCUUCCUGGAAGAGAUCCCAAGCUACAAGUUAUCCAGCUACCACCGACUCAGGAAACUUGUGAACAGGAAGACAUUUAUCACCUGGCCAGACAGUGUCCACGAGAGGCCACUCUUCUGGGCUCGUAUUAGAAAUGCAUUGGGCAACAAAUCCGUGGAGAAGAACAACGUGCAGCUAAUUGUGGUUGAAUGACUGGAAGUCUUGGUGACCUCCAAUCUACUGUUGCCUGAGGGAUGCAGAGGCUAACGGUGGGACUGAAUGUACGUGUUCUGCAGGGAAAAUGACAUGAGAUGCUUAUGAGCGUUAGACCCGAGAUCACUUGGGCGAUUGGAAGAGUGAAGGGGGCUGCUUGAGGAAGCUUCAGGAACAGUGACCUCACUCUAGGGGAUUAGUUAUCUGGAAAGUAUAUCUUUCAUCAAGGGGAAGACUGGGAAGACAAGUCACCUGAAAGUCUGGCAAUCAAGAGAGCCCUCGUAUGUGCCUGAAAACAUUGUUCGGCAACUUUCUCCAAAUCAGUUCCUGUCAAGAUAGAUCAAACUGUGCUUCUUCUAAGAAUCUGUAACAACAGAAAGACCACAUACGGACCUUAAUAAAGGCAAAAAAAA